UUCUUUGUGUUGUCAGCGGUGUUUGUUCAGCGGUCGUAACAUCGAAUGGCUUUCUCACACGACAAAAACCGAACAGGAUUCUGAAUCAUGACAGAAGUCACGUUUAACAAUAGGAUAAUUAAAAAAAAGCCUUAAAGAAAACAACAACCUAUAAACAAUCUUACAAUUAAUCUUCGAAAGAGCAUAAUUCUUUUACUUUAUUUCUUUCUUUAAAUAUUUAAAAAUGAAGAUAUCUUUUAUCGUCUUGUUUUUCAUCGUCGUUUGUAGAGGUUCAGAGUUGGAAAUUUCAGAUAAUGAUUAUGAGUUAAUUGAUGGAAUAAUGGUACCAAAGAAAACUAGAAUAACAGAAGAACGACGAACACAAGACGGAAAAGAUAAAGAUGACGAGGAAGUUUAUUACAAAGACGAUGAUGUUACAGAAGACGACGCACCAGAAGAGGAAAACGAGAUGACUACACACUUACCGACUAAAUGUCACGUUUGUAGGUUACUUGUCGUAGAGCUAGAAGAAAGACUGUCCAAGCUUGGAAGAAUACGACAAGAACGACCAAACAGAGCUCCUAUAUACUACAAAGAGGAAAAAGUCAUUCUCAACGCGAUACAAGACCUGUGUGAAAAAAUGAAGAGUUACAACAUUAGAAGAUCACAACCAUUUCGAUACAAGAAAGGAGUGAAGAGCUACUCCAGGCUGCAGGUGGAAGACGCCAUGAAAGAUUCCAAAGUGAAACACUUUUUGUUCUUUACUCCUGAACAAGACAUUGAUGACCCAACAGGAGAAAUACAAAGACUACAAAACCAGUGUCACGAUCUUCUGGUGGAUCACCAACAUGAUCUCAUCCAUUGGUUCCACAAGGCUCAAUCACGUGACCUAACCACGUGGUUCUGUCGCAAUAGGGUGCUUGUUAAUGAGAAUCAAGAUUGUCUCAAUCAGGAAAUACCCACCAAAAGAAAGAAAAAACAAGUGGCACAAAAAGAAAACAAUGACAAAGAGAACAGCAGUGAAGUGGAGAAAACCAAUAAUGAGACAAUCGAACACCAAGAACUUUAAACCAAGUUAAAACUAAACAGAAAACCGAUCAGACCGAAAUCAACAACGAGGCAACUACUGAUAGAUUACGGAAGAUCAUGGGUUCUAAUCCCAUCCGGGACUCCGAUUUUUUGCCGAGUUUCCUUGUGGUUGAUUUCUUUCUCAUCGGGUUUCUAUUUAUAUAGUAUGAUGUACUCUAUAAAUAGAAUUAAACACGUUUAUUAUCUUA